UUGCUUUAGAUUCCAGACGACGCGGUGUUUGAUUCCUUGAAAAAGUGCGCACUGUGUAUUUAGUUUUAUACCAAACUUCACAGUUAUGCAGUUCGUAUCAAGAAUAGCCAUUUUGAUUCUAUUUGUCCAGUUCUGUCGAGUUAAGACUCUAAAGUGCUAUGUUUGUUCCUCGACCAAGGACUGGAGCUCAUGUAAUCAUGUGAAAAGAGAACAUACUUGUGAUUCUGGCAUCAACAAUUGCUUAAAAGCUGAGAUUUCUGUGAAAGGUCCCCUCAUUGAUGGCAUCGAGUACUUAAAAGUUUGCAGUGAUUCGUGUGAUGCUGAUAAAAUUGCUUUUUGCAAGACGAAAUUAAAAGAAGGUCUGAAAAUAUCAUGCAAGUUAAAUUGCUGCAAAGGUGACUUGUGCAAUGCUGCUGCUGUUCCACUGGUCAGUGGUUUCAUCAUUAUGGCAUGUGCCAUGUUCUUGGCUUACAGCUUACAUUAGGAGCAGCCAAUUUGAGCCUGUUGAAGUUUUAAUUAUGAUGUUACCUAUAUGAUAUUGAAAGAAUUGCUUUUCUGUAAGAAGAAAAAUAAAGUGUUGGUUUUAUAGUUUA